AUGACGACCGCACUUCCCGUCGAAGGCCAAACCAACGAGGUCUACUUCUGGCACGGCAACAACUACGCCAAGAUCCGCUUCACGCCGAGCACCAACGACGAUGAGAUCGUCUUCGGCCCAGCCAAGGUGACCAGCCACUGGAAGACCUUCGCCCAAGCCGGCUUCACCACCGUCGACGCCGCGGUGCCAGUGCCCGGCUUCCCGCGCCAGGUGUACUUCUUCAGCGGCACCCGCUAUGUGCGUGUGGAGUACAAGGCCGGCACCUCCGAGGAGAAGAUCGUGUACGGGCCGUACCCGAUCACCGAGCAGUGGCCGUCGCUGGUCAAGGCCGGCUUCGACACCGUUGACGCCAUCCUUCCCGUGCCCGGUGAGCCGAACCAGGCGUACUUCUUCAGCGGCAACCAGUAUGCCAAGAUCAAGUUCGAGGCUGGUACCAAGAACGACGAGGUGCUCUACGGCCCGACCAAGAUCACCAGCGAGUGGAAGACGCUGAACGAGGCCGGCUUUGACAAGAUUGACGCGGCGUUCCCGGUGCCGGGCAAAGAGGGCCAGGCGUACUUCUUUAGCGGCAGCCAGUAUGUCAAGAUUGAGUUUGUGCCGAGCUCGGGUACCGAGAAGAUUCUGUUUGGACCCAAGCGCACCUACGAGUACUGGAAGACUCUGGCUUCUUGGGGCUGGUAA